GUCCGAAGAGACGAACCAGGUGCGCAUUCCUUAUAUUCCUUGCUGUCAUGACGGCCCACGGUCAAUGUGAAAGAAAACGUCACAAACAUGGUGCUCCCUUUAUAUCAUCGCGGUGGUGUGUACUACCAUCCCACUGAAGCUCAUGAUUCACGACAAAUGCAUAGGCCUCGCCACCUCCAGUAGAGUCAACGCUGUUGCCGCAGGUGCGGACGGCGGCGUCGAUGCGCGUGUCCGUCGUGUAUGCCGGCCAAUCAGACGGCGGGGAACUACUCGGCGGCGGAUCGCGCGCGACACGUCGAUGCGCACCGACGCGUCUCGCACGUGCAAGCUUGUUGAAUCGCAUUCAACAAGUCGUCACUCACGUGUGCGGCGGUGUGCGGCGCGUCGAGGGCUAUAUAAAGCCUGUGCCCGCCCACUCGUCCUCACCCAUCGUCCCCGCUCACUCCUCAGUUUCUCGCAUCCCUCUUGUAUCCUCGCCCCCUCGCCUACCAGUCACACAAGCCAUGCUUGUCACGCUCUAUCUCCUGAAGGGCAUCGCCGCCCUCAGGAGCAUCCUGAUCCUCAGUGCCGGCGCCUCUGCCUCGUGGUACUCGCAGUACAUCGACAGCCCGACAAUUGGGCCUGGACCGUUGAUAAUGACGCUCGCCUGCAUCCUAUCGGCUCCUCUGAUCCCUAUCCCAAAGGACGAGCCAGCACUGCCCGAGUUCAUCGAACUUGUGGAGUCCCCGUCAGUUGAUUUCGCUCUUUGGGGGAUUCACAUGGAGGAUGCGGCAUCCCAGUUGCUUCCGACAGACUCGGACGUCGGCUUUUUGGCCGCGGUGAGCCCAUCUGAGUCCGGCAUCCUUCCUAUGGAGGUCGAUGAUUCUGUAGUCUCCAGUGCGAGCGGUGUUGCGAUGUCUGCGGCUCCAGUAGUCGAUGUGCCCGAGCUCGACUGGACGACCCCCGAGGCUCCCACCAUCCGAGUGUUCAAAGCCAAGGCAGCAGAGCCUGUCUUCGUUACCUACCUCUCCGACUACGUCACAAGGUUCAACGAGCAUGUAUCCAGCAUCGAAUCGGACGCCUCACUCCCUCCCACGGUAUCUGACGACGCUGCCGUACCGCCCAUUUGGCGAUAUCAAUACCCUUCCCUGGCCUUCCGGAAGCUCUGCCUGAAGAAAGGAAAGUACUCGUCUGCCGGACAUGCCCACUCCCGCCUCAUCUUGGCCACGCGGGCCGUAGCGCUGGCGUACAUCCUCUUCAACAUGUUCCAGGUGUCACUGUUGCCCGUGCUGCAGUCCGUCCUAGAUGCCUGGCGGAUCUGCAGGAAUGCGCUGCGCCCCCCGCGUAUGAUCAUUGCUCGCCGCCAGCGCGAGUAUCGUCGGUUGCACAACAGGAGAUGACGUGGUUCAUCAGAUCUUGCUUGUCCGUCCUGGAGGCGGUCCGCGACGUCUCGGUGUAACCACCAUCUCCUUCGGUUUUGGUCUGGUCCGUCGACACUCGUCGACAUCGCAUCCAACGACACUCGCGCACACGGUCCUCUGG